AUGGCGGACAAGCUGAAAGUAUCUCAAGCUGCACCUAGGUUCAGCACUGUCGCCAAAGGCGAAAUCGUCACCAUCUUCGUCGGCUACGAGAAGAAGCGUUACAACAUCCACAAGGACAUAGUCUGUCACCACUCAGAGUACUUUCGCACUGCGUACAACGGGCGCUGGAAAGAGUCGGACGAGGGCGUAACGCUGGAAGAUGUCGACCCCGAAGUGUUUAACCUUUUUGUCCAUUGGCUAUACGCUCAAGCGCUGCCCAACAACGCAAAGUCGAUCCUCCGACUGGCAGAGGAAACUGAUCCUGUCUAUCCAAUGCACCCGUCCAGAGGUUACCAUGCUUGGAAACUUGUCUUGAAGUGUGGUAUGUUCGGAGAUCGAUUCCUUGCUCCAGCCUUCCAUCAUCUCGCACACAACACGUUCGUCAAUGUGCAAUUUGGGGAAGGAGUGGAUGGCGGAGCCAGUGGCGUUUCCUACGCGACUAUCAUAUGGGCCUUCGACAACCUGCCGUCGGACAGCCUGAUCCUCGCUAUGAUGGUUGACUUGCAGUGCACUGCGUGGAAUGAGGAACAAGACGACGAAGAAGAAAAGAGUCACCUGUCGCAGUUGCCAAACGAGUUCCUUGUUGCCGUUAUGCUGAAGCAAAACAAGAUCCGGGUAUGCGAUGAAACGACGGAGUUGUCUGCUUGCGACUAUCAUCUUCACGAGUCCGAGCAAGAAAAGAAGGCGUGUCCUGCCAACGGAAACAAUUGUGAGAGCUAG